AUGGGAUUUCUGUGUGGAUCAAAUACGGAGUCUAAAAAGGCUAUUGAAAGAAAGAUUGUAAUCUUAGGUGAUGGUGCAUGUGGUAAGACCUCGUUGCUGAACGUGUUCACAAGAGGCUAUUUUCCAGAGGUCUACGAGCCUACAGUCUUUGAAAACUAUAUUCAUGAUAUCUUUGUCGACAAUAAACAUAUUACAUUAUCAUUAUGGGAUACUGCAGGUCAAGAAGAAUUCGAUCGUUUAAGAUCGUUAUCUUAUUCUGACACACAAUGUAUUAUGCUUUGUUUCAGUAUCGAUUCACAAGAUUCCUUGGAGAAUGUAAAAAAUAAAUGGGUUGGUGAAAUUGCUAAUAAUUGUGAAGGUGUGAAACUUGUAUUAGUGGCAUUGAAAUGUGAUCUACGUAAUAGUGAACAUGAUAAUAAUGUUAUUAAUCCAAACAAUAUUGGUGAUCAAGAAAAUACAACGAAUGGACGUAGUAGAAAUGGGAAUAAAGACCUAGUCACUUAUGAAGAAGGUUUGGCUAUGGCUAAACAAAUUGGUGCGUUACGUUAUUUAGAAUGUAGUGCAAAAUCAAAUAAAGGUGUCAAUGAAGCAUUUACUGAAGCUGCUAGAGUAGCAUUGACUAGUGGACCUGCUGCUGGUAGUGCUGGUGGGAACUCCAAGGACGAUGAUUCUGACGAUGAUGACAGUAUUUGCACCAUCAUGUAA